AUGGGAGAUGACGAGGUCAAGUGCAAGACCAUGGUUGUGGGCACACUUCGUGUCUUACUGGUUCUUUUGCAUGACUUUCCGGAGUUCCUGUGUGACUACCAUUAUGGCUUCUGUGAUGUGAUCCCACCCAACUGUAUCCAGCUGCGGAACCUGAUCCUGAGUGCCUUCCCACGCAACAUGCGGCUGCCAGAUCCCUUCACUCCCAACCUGAAGGUGGAUAUGCUGAGCGAAAUCAACAUUGCUCCUCGGAUACUGACCAACUUCACCGGAGUGAUGCCACCUCAGUUUAAGAAGGACCUGGACUCCUAUUUGAAGACCCGUUCUCCAGUCACCUUCCUGUCUGAGCUGCGCAGCAACCUGCAGGUCUCAAACGAACCUGGCAAUCGGUACAACAUUCAGCUAAUCAACGCACUGGUGCUGUAUGUGGGCACGCAGGCGAUCGCUCACAUCCACAACAAGGGCAGCACCCCCUCCAUGAGCACCAUCACCCACUCAGCCCACAUGGACAUCUUCCAGAACCUGGCUGUGGACCUCGAUACAGAAGGUAAAGAACUGAAAAACGGCAAAAGCUACAAUGGUCGGUACUUGUUCCUGAACGCCAUCGCCAACCAGCUGCGUUACCCCAACAGCCACACUCACUACUUCAGCUGCACCAUGCUCUACCUGUUUGCUGAGGCCAACACUGAGGCCAUUCAGGAGCAGAUCACCAGGGUGCUGCUGGAGCGGCUGAUUGUGAACAGGCCGCACCCGUGGGGGCUCCUCAUCACUUUCAUCGAGCUGAUUAAAAAUCCAGCGUUCAAGUUCUGGAACCAUGAGUUCGUCCACUGUGCUCCUGAGAUUGAGAAAUUGUUCCAGUCUGUAGCUCAGUGCUGUAUGGGACAGAAGCAGGCACAGCAAGUAAUGGAAGGCACUGGUGCCAGCUAAAACUAUGAAGAAAUGUUCCAUACUGUGGACAUGCAACAUGGAGAGUGAUGAGCAGCCCACUGUUUUCUUGAAACUGACGUUGGUUGUGUAAAUUGCAGGUUCUUCCAAUCCGAUGCAGUCCUCUGCACAAGUCAGACAUAGGAAAAGCCGCUGGUGAAGGGCUACAUGUUGGACAUGUUGUUUUCAUUUGUCACUUGGCCAAAAAAAAGCAAAUGCUGUGAAUAUCAUUUGAAAUGAUAUAAAAACACAAUGUAAAUAAAAGGGAGUGCAACCUCAAACUGGACUUUCUCCAUCUGUGCAAAUUGUAUUAAAGACUUCAACCCAGUCAUUACUGUUGGCAGCUGAUGAGACUUAGAUUGAAGGGCGUCUGGGACGGAUUUUCCCCAUUCCCCCCUCCCCCACCACGUCCCCUCCACUCUCCGAAGAUCUUACAGGAGCUGCUCUUCAUCUUGUGGGGAAGCAAUAUCAACUCCUCUAGUCCUACACACAAACUACAGCCCAGUGGUAUGGAUAUGCAGUAUGGUUUGCAAAAAAGUCAUCUGUUUGCCUUUAUAUUUUUAUUUUGAAGCAUUUUGUCUGAAGACGCCGAGCAGCUCCUCUUAAACGAAAGGGGGUCCCGGGCUCUGCGGGGUCCUUAAUGCGAAGGGAAAUAAGAGGUUCUCCCUGAAUUCUGUAAAUUGUGGGAUAAAGAGCCAGUUUUGCGGCACGAAGUCUAUUAAGUUUGUAAAAAAGAACCAAGGACCAAUACAGGCCAUUUUGUAAGGAUUUUGAAUGUUGUUUUGUAAAUGUAUUGGUCCAUGUGUUGUAUUUUGUAGUCUUUGUAGUUUCCUUGGCUCUAGUUCUGCCACUUAACUCUCUUGUAUGUAAGCAUAUUGUAGUUAAUGCAUUAAAACCCAUGACAUCA